CGUUCUUUUUAAAACUGCGACUUCGUGUGCGGAUUGAAUUCUUUAUCGAGAAUGCAGUUCUUUAUUCAUGGCGAUAGUAUUACAACAUAUGACCUUAGCCCUAGUGUUAAGAUCAGCGAUUUAAAAGAACUGAUAUCGUUUAGAAGUGGAGUUCCAGUAGAAAGUCAAGUUCUUACUUUCUCCGGUCAUUGUUUAGAUGACGAAAAAACUUUAUCUGAAUGCAACGUGGAUGCCUUAUCUACUGUUCAUCUUGGAGUAAAAAUUCUUGGAGGUAAAGUCCAUGGUUCAUUAGCUCGUGCUGGUAAAGUCAAGGGUCAAACUCCUAAGGUCGAUAAACAAGAAAAGAAAAAGAAAGCCCUGACUGGUCGUGCUAAACGUAGACAUCAAUACAGUCAACGUUUUGUCAAUGUUGUUUUGAUUCCUGGUAGAAGACGUGGACCAAACUCCAAUGCCGCAUAAUGUGAAAUAAAUUUAUUUACUUGUGAUAA